CAAGCCUUCAAGGGGAUCGAUCAAAAGUGUUCUACUCAUUUUGGCCUCGGAAAUGGAAGCCCUGCAACCACCACAACAUGGCUCGGGAUGUGCCAUGUGGAAGUUGAAGCUCGCUCUGCGUGUGGCUUCCGCCGUCUUUUGCAUCAUCAUCGCCGGCCUCGUCGGCGGACUUUUUACCAUGGGCUUAGGGGGCAAUGACACGAUGCUUGUCAAAGUUCUCAUUAUCUUACCCACGCUCACCGCUGUCUGGAUAUGGGACCUUGCUGAAGGUAUCUGUAUUCUCGCGCGCAAUGGCAAACGAGGAAUCCACCCCGGGGCAAUUGUCGGCGUGGACCUCAUAUUCUGGGCGGCAUGGAUGUCUGCCGCCAUAUUCGACGGCAUCUCGGACGUUCCCGCAGCGAGGAGUGAGAGGGAGUUUAUUGGAGACAAUUCGAAAUCCUCUACCUACUUGGAGGUCGUACGAAAGAAAGGUUGGCCCAUCUUCGUAUUUAUCGUGGCCCAGGUAGUUGUGCACUUUGCGCUGUUUGUCAUCGGCUGCCGGGAGACACAUGUGCGCAACAACACGUUCACAGUUAUCGACCUCGUACAGGGAGCGCCAUCCUCAGGUUCUCGGAAUCCCCGCGGCACCAUGAUAUAUCAGCAAUUACCCGACGGCCAGAUAGUCCCGGCCUCCAGAAAGUCAUCUAAACUGCCAGCCGAAGUCCGGGCAUACCUGAUGCAGUCGCUGGAUGGACAUGGUCAGCCAACCACUGAAACUUUGCCAACACCGCGGCAGGCACUGGUAUACCCGUGGGCUCGACCUUCAUGA